GAAACACCAACCCCCCCAUUCUUUCCGCACUCCCUCCACCCAUUGCAAUAUGAGCGACGCACCAGCAGCAGCUCCAGCUUCGAGCGAAGCCCCACAGGGCGAGGCACCCUCCAAAAAUGCCUUGAAGAAGGCCCAGAAGGAGAAGGAAAAGGCAGAGAAGAAGGCCGCAGCGAAGGCCCGCGAGCUCGCUGAACGCACAAAGAAGGAGGCUGCUGAUGCCGAAGAUGUCUCCAAAGACUCAUACGGCGAGCUCCCUCUCACCGGCUCGAAGGACUUCAAGCCCACGGGCAUCGUACGCGUCAACCUCGACGACGUUGCCAACAACGUUGACGAGGAGAUCACCUUCCGCUGCUGGGUUGAGAACGCCCGUGUCCAGUCGGCGAAGCUGGCUUUCUUGAACUUGCGCCAAAACCUCAGCACUAUUCAGGCUGUCAUUGCCGCUAGUGACAAGUUGAGCAAGCAGAUGGUCAAGUUCUGCGGAACUGUCAGCACCGAAAGCACGGUUGUCGUCACCGGUCUGGUCAAGAAAGCCCCAGAGCCCAUCAAGAGCGCUUCCAUCCAGGAUUUCGAGAUUCACAUCAAGAAGCUCUUCAUCGAGGUUAAGGCCGAGGUCCCUCUGCCGCUGCAGGUUGAUGACGCAGAAAGGCCGCUGCCGGCCGAGACCGCGGUAGGAGAGGAACAGAAGGACGAACAGAAGGAGGAGGGAGGCGAGCGACCACUUGUCAGCCUUAACACCAGGCUCAACAACAGGACGCUUGACCUGAGGGCCAAGAUCAACCAGUCUAUCUUCGUUGUCAAGAGCGGUGUCUGCGCGAUCUUCCAAGAGUUCCUGUCGAAGAAGGGUUUCACACUUGUUCAAACUCCCAAGAUCUUGGGCGCCGCUUCGGAAGGAGGUGCCAACGUUUUCGAGCUGAAGUACUUCGACCGCCAGGCCUAUCUUGCCCAGUCGCCGCAGUUCUACAAGCAGAUGUUGAUCGCUUCACGCUUCCAGAAGGUUAUGGAGAUUGGACCUGUCUUCCGCGCCGAGAACUCCAACACUGCUCGCCAUUUGACAGAGUUCACUGGUCUCGAUCUCGAGAUGGAGUUCCAGGAGCACUACCACGAGGUCAUGGGUGUCCUCGAAGACCUCAUGCUGUUCAUCUUCAAUGAGCUGAACGUACGAUACAAGCGCGAGACGGACCUUAUCCGCGGUGUAUACCACGUCGACGACUUCAAGCUCCCCGAAUCAGGCAAUGUGCCUAGGAUUCCUUUCACAGAGGGUAUCAAGAUGCUGCGCGAAGCUGGCGAGACGCUUGGUGACUACGAUGACUUGACAACACCUCAAGAAAAGCACCUCGGACGUCUGGUUCUUGAGAAGUACAACACCGACUUCUACGUUCUCGAUCAGUUCCCAAUCGCCAUCCGUCCCGCUUACACGAUGCCCUCGCCUCAUGACCCUAAGCUCUCGAACUCCUACGACUUCUUCAUGCGUGGACAAGAGAUCUGUUCUGGCGCUCAGCGUAUCCACGACUCUGAGCUGCUGUCGAAGCAGAUGCGCGAACACGACCCGCCGAUCGACCCCAACGGCGCGGGUACUAAGGACUACGUCGACUGCUUCAGGUACGGUUGUCCACCGCACGCAGGAGGAGGCUUUGGUUUGGAGAGAAUCGUUCAGUUCUGGCUGGGUCUGCCCAACAUUCGUAUGUGCAGUCUGUUCCCCCGUGACCCCCAGAGGGUUGUACCGUAAGCAGAUGGUGAAGUGUAGACGGAUCAGAGCUUGUGCUAGUAGAAAUCGAAGAAGCCAGCUCCCAAGAGCUGGCGCUAGGAAGAGAAGUGAAUGGAAUGAAUGUAACACCACACUACCUGGUCUAUCUUAACGUCCCUGUGAAGAAGCCCACCAAUGUAGCG